AUGACGAAGAUGCUUUGGCGGAUAAGCUGGUCUCUGUCCCUCACGCUCCUCCUCGUGUCGCUAGUCGCAGCCUUGUCGCACAACAACGCACCGACGAAUCUCAUCCUCAAUGGCGACAUGGAAGAACCCGGGGUUCGCGGCGACGCCAGCGUCGCAGGCCCGCUCACGCGCCGCCACAGGAAACGCCUACCCUCCGCAUGGCACCUAGUUUCCGGGUCGAUUAAGUACGUGCGCCUCGAGCACUGGCCCGCAGCCUCCGGCGAUCAUAGCAUCGCUCUCAACGGCCACGGGCCUGCGACUCUCGCGCAGCGUGUGGUAACCCGACCGGGCGAAUUCUACUUCGUGCACUUCGACCUCGCUGGCGACCCCGGUUUGGAAGACGAGGGCGCCGUGCGAUCGCUGCGGGUCAGCGUCAUAGAUGAGGAAAAUGGGGCUCCGGUUACCGCGCGAACAUACGAAUUCGACACGUUUUCGCACGGAGGUGCGGAGGAGGCUAAACGCAGUCGCGAAGGGAUGGGGUGGCGGUCGCACACGCUCGCGUUUGAAGCACCUGGCGCCGCUGUCACUCUGCUGUUCGCGUCGACAACUCCCGGAAUUCACGGCCCCGUUAUCGAUAACGUGCGAGUGCACAAGCAAAAUGCCACGUCAGCGUUCCUCCACUCUCCUAACACGCUCUACCAUUCUCCCACCAUCGACACCGUGGAACCCGCCGCUACCCCGGAGGCGUGCGGGCGACGCUGCCUCGAGAUCCCCGACUGCCGCGGCUUCUCUAUUGACAUCCCCGUUCCCGGUUUAAGCGACGGUUCGGUACAGUGCCAUUUGAAGAUGCUUAUGAAGAAGCCAUCCGUGGUGGGGCAGAACCGAGCGGAUUCGUACGUUCUGAAGCGCGCCGAGUGUUCGUUCGGCCACAAUAACGCGAUGCAAUGUCCGGACAUGCUGCCUAUAUCGGGGAUGCUGCCCAUGGCGUGUGUUGCGCACAAAUCCGCGAAGCGCCAGACAGAACACCCUUUCGCGGGAACCUGCAAAGCGCUAAAGCGGACAAACCUGUGCCCUUACGCGGGUGGUUACUUUGCUAAAGGGUUCGGUAAUAUCGGGAGCGCGGACGACUACAGGCGGUGUUCGUGCGUGGAGGGAUCCGGAGGAAUCGCGCGGUUGCAAUGCGGACACGUGGUGUAA